AUGGACGGAAUAACGGCCUGUGAGCUGAGGGAGGACGGUCAGAAAUUGGGGAAUAUCAGUUUUGUCUACAAUGGGAGGGACUUUAUCAGCUUCGACAAGGACACCCUCUCCUGGACUGUAACAGCCAAUGCUCCAGAGGUCAAGAGGAAGUGGGACACUUUCACAGGCAGUACUCAGUAUCACAAGGAAUUCCUGGAAGGGGACUGCAUUAACUGGCUAAAGAAAUUCAUAAAGUAUGCCAAGGAAUCUCUGCUGAGGAGAGAGCCCCCAGUGGUGAAAGUGCUGCGAAUGAUGGACUCCAAUGGCCUGGAGACUCUCAUCUGCCGGUCCUACGGCUUCUACCCCAGGGAGAUCCGUGUGACCUGGAAAAAAGAUGGAGAGUUCCUGGAGCAGGAGACCCACGGUGGGGAAGUUGUCCCCAACUCAGAUGGGACCUACCACACCUGGACUAACAUCAAUAUUGACCCCAAGGACAGGGCCCGCUACCAGUGCCAUGUGGAACAUGUUGGUUUUCCAGAGCCUCACCUCUUCGCCUGGAAGGAACCUGCUUCAGUGGACCCCAUUGUGGGGGGCAUCCUGAUGGCUGUGGCUGUUGUUGUCCUGCUGGUGGCUGGGGUCAUUUUCUACAUGAAGAAGCAGCAGGGAGGCUACAAAGCAACCUCAACUGAGUGA